AGUUUACAAAUGUCAUGUUACAUUUUAACUGUCAUUCAUUGUUUGAUUUUUGCGGCAACAGCGCAUUUUAUAAAAAGUUUGUAAUUUGUUACACAAGUAAUUUCUUAACAAAUAAGUGUUUCUUGAAAAUGGCUUCAUUAGCAGCGGCGCAAGUACAAGAAGUUAGGUCAAUAACUCGCAUAGAACGCAUCGGCGCUCAUUCUCACAUACGCGGGCUCGGAUUAGACGAUGCUUUGGAACCACGAGCUAUAUCGCAGGGCAUGGUGGGCCAGAAGAUGGCGAGGAAAGCAGCUGGCGUCAUCCUGCAGAUGAUUCGAGAAGGUAAAAUAGCAGGCCGAGCUGUGUUACUUGCCGGUCAGCCAGGAACGGGGAAAACGGCUAUUGCUAUGGGCUUAGCUCAAGCUCUGGGUCCCGAUACACCGUUUACAAGCAUGGCCGGAUCAGAAAUAUACUCUCUCGAAAUGAGCAAAACAGAAGCAUUGACACAAUGUAUAAGGAAGUCAAUAGGAAUACGGAUCAAAGAGGAAUCCGAGAUAAUCGAGGGUGAAGUCGUGGAGGUGGUGGUGGAGCGAUCGGCUGGGGGAGGAGGCGCGAGAUCCGGACGACUCACGCUGAAGACCACAGACAUGGAGACCAACUACGACAUGGGCACGAAGAUGAUUGACUCGUUGCUGAAGGAGAAGGUUCAAGCCGGUGACGUAAUAACAAUAGACAAAGCUACGGGGAAGAUUAAUAAGUUGGGAAGAAGCUUUGCACGCGCUAGAGACUACGACGCAACGGGUCAGCAAGCGCGCUUCGUUCAGUGUCCGGAGGGGGAACUCCAGAAGCGGAAGGAAGUCGUCCACACGGUGACAUUACACGAAGUCGAUGUUAUCAAUUCAAGAACUCAUGGAUUUCUAGCACUAUUUUCUGGUGACACGGGCGAGAUAAAAUCUGAGAUACGUGAACAAAUAAAUAGUAAAGUAGCCGAAUGGAGGGAGGAGGGGAAAGCGGAGAUGAUACCCGGAGUACUCUUCAUUGAUGAGGCCCACAUGCUGGACAUCGAGUGCUUCUCGUUCCUAAACCGUGCCUUAGAGUCUGAAACGGCUCCGGUCGUGAUCAUGGCAACGAAUAGAGGCAUCACACGAAUCAGAGGGACGAACUACAAGAGUCCCCAUGGGAUACCCCUCGACCUGCUGGACAGGAUGAUCAUUGUGCCAACGACACCAUACUCACACCAGGAACUCAGAGAAAUAUUGAAUAUAAGAUGCGAAGAAGAAGACUGUCAAAUGUCAGCGGACGCGCUGACGGUGCUCACCCGGGUCGCAACGGAAACGUCUCUGAGAUACGCGAUACAGCUUAUAACCACUGCGUCACUGGUGGCGAAGCGGAGGAAGGCGUCUGAGGUUAGCAUGGAAGAUGUUAAGAAGGUCUACUCGUUGUUCUUGGACGAGCAUCGUUCCGAACAGUUCCUGAAAGAAUAUCAAGACGAGUUCAUGUUCAACGACGGCGGUGGGGAUGCACCACAGAUGAUGGAAGUAACGCAGUAACGUGUGAAAACAAUAACGUGGCAAUUGUUCCGAAUGCUUUAUACAACACGACUUUGUGUUAAUACAUUGGGUGCGUUUAGAUUAAAUAACCACAAGCUAUGGAAUAUUGUUUACUAGUAGAGGGUUAGGUGUUAUAUACGCUGUCUCUUUCUGUAAUCCUUAAAAAAAUAUGCAAAAUUUCAUGUUUAAAAUUAGGCUUGUUAAAACAAAUAAAUCAGUGAUAUAUUGUUAAGGGAUGAGUUGACGUAGCUCACGAUGUUGUCGCUAGACGUCGCUUCACUGAAGCUGCUAAUUUUCAGUGUAUACGUUUAAAAGUUAUAUAAUCUGAACGCACCUUUACAGAGGAUGAUUUUUGUUAAGCUUUAAGCUAAUUUUAUAAUAAAAAUAAAUAUAACACAA